GGUUAGAACACUUUUGAAUGAAAUCUUUAACUCAAGCUUCUGAGAACAUUAUGCCGUCCAAUCGAAUUGUCUCAUCCCCCUCCAUCUCCCAGUAGUUCUUGAUUCCAGCCCCACCUCCCACCCCACCCCAAGCUCAGAUUUGUAUACCUAGGAAUAGUAUACUUUGCCAAUGAGUCAUUCUUGCCUUCUCUUCCCUGAAGUCUGGCAUAGCCUAGCUUCAACAUCUUGCAUCUCCCUCCCUCUAGCGUCAGCUUUCCAUUUUCCAGACUCGCCCUGCUGCUCAAACAGGUUUGAGGUGGCCCCACCCCACUCUGUAGCUUUAGCUCUUAGGGUGGGUAGAUAAGGAGCCAUGCCCCACCCCUAGGCUCAGAUCCCUGAGUCAGAAGGAGAUAUCUCCACCCAAGCCAAACCAAAACCAAGAGGCUGGGAGCUGAAAUUCAGGGACCUACUGCCAGUUUCUCCUGGAGUCUUCCUCCCCAUUUAUCUACCAAGUGUCUCCCCAAACAGUGAUUAAUUUGGACAAUACUAUUUGCAUACCAGUUUGUUUCCUGUGAUGGAGAAAAGGUGAUGGGAGAAGAACAAAAGGCAUUGGAGACCUUGGUGAGCAUAGAGACUGACCCUUCUCCAGCCUCACCUCCUGUUGGCUGCAAUUGGCACUCGCUCCGAUGUCUUGCAGCCACUAGCGUCAUCUUCGGCUGCUCCUGUCUUGGAGUCGUGGCUCUUGUGUUUGCUGUCCAGGCUGAGGAACGACAUAAGGCUGGGAAACCAGAGGAAGCACUGUUCUUGGGGAAUCGAGCCAGGCGUCUUGCCCUGGCUAGCAUUGCAGUGUGGCUUGGAGUACUUGUACUGGGACCCCUGCUCCUCUGGCUUCUAUCAUACGCCAUUGCCCAAGCAGAGUGACCCUACUGUGACAAACUUGGACAACAUGAAGUUGCCCUGUGGCAUCAUAGGUGAUCCUCACCUACAGCAAGGUCCUUCAUCCUGACCAGAAGAACAAGGUCCUCCAGGUCCUGGAGGGUAUUUAAACACCUUUCAAAAAGUGGUUUCCAGAGGCUGUCUUCCCAGCAUGCAGACAACAGAGAGUCGAUCAAUAUGAUAAAAAAAAGGUUUGGACUUGAAUGGACUCGCUCCUGCCCAUGGGACCUAAGCACAGACAUGGGGUUGGAGAACAGGCAGCCCUGAUUUCAUUACAAUUAAUUUCGUAAUUAAAAAAAAUUUUUUUUAGGUGGAAGGAAA